AUGACUGACACCUCGCCAUUUACGUCGGCGAUUUUGCUGGCGGCCGGCGUGUCGCGGCGGAUGGGAACGCUGAAGGCGCUGCUGGACUGGCACGGACGGUCGCUGAUCAUCCACCAGAUCGUGGCGUUGCGGGAAGCGGGGGCAGAUGAGGUGAUCGUUGUGUUGGGGCACCGGGCGGACGAAUUGCAGGCCCGUAUCGGGGCGAACCGAGACGUGUACACCCUGGGGAAGGUGCGAUGCGUGGUCAAUGAUGAUUACGCGCUGGGCAAGACAACGUCGAUCAUAACCGGGUUGUGGGCGAUGGGCCCGUCGGGUGAUCCUGAUGCGGCAAUCAUGAUGCUGAACGUUGACCAGCCGCGGUCGGCCAGGGUCAUCGGGCAGGCUCUGCGGGCGCACCGCAACGGGGAUGGCAAUCUGAUUACAAUUCCCACCUGCGAGGGGAAGGGGGGCCAUCCGAUUGUGGUGAGCCGGACGUUGUACGGCGAACUCAUCGCCAUCGACGAGCGGACGGAGGGUAUGCGGGCGGUGACCGAACGGCAUCGUGACGCCACACAGCGGGUGGAGUUGGGAGCGCCGGAGUUGCUGUGGGACGUGAACACACCGGAGCAAUACCAGGCGGCGCUGAAAGCGUCGGGGGCCGGCUGA